UGACGAUUGGCCGGCAACGGAGGUAGAUCGCUGUUGUGCCUGCCGUUUUAUGUCACUUCCCGUGGCAAUCAAGCACGGCGUUCCUGAAAGCGCAGCCGCCCCGGAAUCAAAUGCAUCUACAAGGAGCAUCGCAGGUUUUUGGCAACCAAUCGGGCAUUUCCUUGGUAGCCCUAGCAUCCAUCUCCAGCCACCACGCCCCGAUGUGCGGGAUCGCGGGAAGAACGGUCUAAAUAGUCAUUGUGAGUCACACGAUAUUCCCAUCCAUGUACGAUCGAUGCCAAAUGGGCGUCACUUUCCAUGGAGCCUCACUGUCCCACCUGCGGCAGCGGUACGCAGAUUCGGCGGCGGGAUACCCAUCCCGCAUCAUGUCGACCGGAUAUGUUCAAUAUGCUCAAUGCUCAAUAUGGCCAUCACAGGGCCCUCGUAUUUCCACACAACCUACCCGCAAACGGGCCACGAUCCAAAAACCUUGAGCACAUGUUCCCGCCGAUUGUCACACUUCUUCACCGCUCAGUCUUGGACGCGCCUCGUUUGGCAAAGCAGUGACUCGAUCGGUUCAAUUCCGUCGUCGAAGAAGGGCGCAAGAAGCCUCAUUUGUUGUCUACGGUGGUCGUCGGUAGAAGGUGGAAUCCCUCGACGACCAUUGCCAUCUGCUCUCCACCAAUGUAUUGGAGGCGUCGGCUGCACUAGAGGCUCGAAAACGCAGCCACAUGCCUAA